GGAAAAAGAAUAAAAAAGAAAAGAAGGAAUUCAAGUUAAAACAAUAAAGGAGUCGCUCUUCGUUGGUUGUCUCUUAAAACCAGUCAAUCCAAUCCGAUACUCCGCUUCUCUAACACAAAAAGAAAAAAAAAAAACAAAAAACAAAGAACCACCAGUAUCAACGCCACUAUCCAUGGCCCCGUCUAUCUUUUCUUAAAUCUCCACCACCGCCACCGUCCACCGCCGCCAUCGACAUUAGCAAAUUUCCCUGAUCGCACAUGGGAGAGGAAACCCAACCUCAACCUCAACCCCAACCCCAACCCCAAACCCAAACCCAAACCCAAUCCCAGCCCCAACCCCAGUCCCAAUCCGAAUCUCAAUCUCAUCCCCAAUCACAAAUCCGGACGCAGGUUCUAAACCAUCAACCUUCACAUGACUCCGCCACUAGCACUAUCGCUACCUCUGAAUUAAUAUGUAUUCCUCAGCCAACGGCCACUCCUCCGGCCAAAAUCCCUCCUUCCCGUCCUCGUAAGCUCCGUAAACUUUCCCCGGAAUCCGCCGCAAAAUCCACCAAAACAAAAACACCCCAACCGCGAGCUCUAGCGGUGGCCCCUCCACGUAUCAUCGCGAGGUCACUCUCGUGCGAAGGCGAAGUAGAGAAUGCAAUUCGGCAUCUUCGCGAAGCCGAUCCACUUCUCUCAUCCUUAAUUGACCUCCAUCCUCCGCCUACCUUCGAUACCUUUCACACUCCUUUCCUUGCUUUGACUCGCAGUAUACUUUACCAGCAGCUGGCUUUUAAAGCCGGAACUUCAAUCUACACUCGUUUUAUUUCUUUAUGUGGUGGAGAGGCUGGUGUGGUUCCUGAUACAGUUCUUGCCUUGACUCCCCAACAACUUCGUCAAAUUGGGGUUUCCGGGCGGAAAGCAAGUUAUCUUCAUGAUCUUGCUAGAAAGUAUCACAAUGGGAUUUUAUCAGAUUCGGCAAUUGUAAAUAUGGAUGAUAAAUCUCUUUUUACUAUGCUUACUAUGGUUAAUGGGAUUGGUUCUUGGUCUGUGCAUAUGUUUAUGAUUUUCUCUUUGCAUAGACCCGAUGUGUUGCCUAUUAAUGAUCUUGGAGUCCGGAAAGGAGUGCAAUUGCUUUAUAAUUUGGAGGACUUGCCUCGCCCUUCUCAGAUGGAUCAACUGUGCGAGAAAUGGAGGCCGUAUAGAUCUGUUGCUUCUUGGUAUCUUUGGAGAUUUGUUGAGGCAAAGGGCUCGCCUUCCAGUGCUGUGGCAGUGGCAACUGGUGCUGCUUUGACACAACAACACCAGGAGGAUCAUCAGCAACCGCAACUUCUUGAUCCAAUUAAUAGCAUUCUCAACCUCGGGGCCUGUGCAUGGGGACAAUGAUCGGGUAUCGUACGAGGAGUUUGUUGAUAACUUCUAUCCAGCAAUCAGUUUGACAAGGGUGUGCAGGAAAGGUACUCAAUAGUCAUGGAAGGGCUUGGAUAUUCGAGUAGUUAAGAGAGAUGUGUAUUUGACUAGCGAACUUGCUUUGAAGAGUUUAAUAAAACUACCUUUGCUGAGGUUCUAUUGUCUUUGUUUAAGAGACUGGAUUUUUGUUGUCAAUAUUCUCUUACAUGACAUUCUAGAGUUAAAAGAGCUUCAACGUUUCUGCCUUUA